AUGGACAAUUGCAGGCAAACAAUACUAGCAUUCUCUUCAUUCAUUCUCUCGAUCACUCCCCCACCAAUCCUCUCGUCUAUCAACAAACCAUUAUUCAGCAGCAUGGACAAGAAAUCGUUCGUGCCACGAACCCCUCGCAGGCCAUGGACUGCUGAGGAGGACGAUCUCCUUCUUUCCCUCCGUCAGCAAGAUCCCGACAUCUCGGCAAGCCAAUUCUCAAAGAAAUACCAAAGCUCGUUCACUGAACGCACUCCCCUUGCCAUCAGGGUGCGUUUGGCAGAUAUGAACAGCAGGGCCAGAAUGUCCCAAGGCCUGACUGCCAACGCGAAUGCACAGGGAAGCACUUGGGCUGCCAUCCCGGCCAAGCGUCCUGGAGAGGAUGAUCUCCAGGGUCCCUCCAGUCAGAGGACCAGUAUGGGACCGGCGGCCCAAUAUGCUGAUAACGAUGGCGAAGUCAAUACUGGCGCCUUUUUCGAGAACACCAAUGAGAGCUCUCCCGCCAGCAGCGACUCUGAUGAGACCCAGUCUGAAGAAACGCCCGUCGGCGACAAGGUAAAUGACACCGAUUCCAUUGGAGACUGGCAAUGUUUCACCGAUUGUGGGUGCACUGAAGCAGACUCUGAUUUUGACCGGGAGAUUAAGGAUCAGGCUGGCUCUGAGAAUGAUACUGACGCUGCUUCGGCGGCUUCUAAUGCAAACGUGGCACCGACUGUUGGUGCUAGCGGCGAUUCCAAACAGGGCGCUCCGCAGAACAAGUGUAGUGUAGCUCCUAACGUCGGAAGUGUUCAGAGCGGGUCUACUAUGGACUCCACGCCUGCCUCUGCGCUGGAUAGACUUGCCUCUGCCGCUGCAUCCCAGCAGGCAGCACCCUCGCAGCCUUCUAUGGGCCGGGGAGUCGUGAACCCUCUUCCAGUCCGUCCAGCUCAGCAGGGAUCUACCCGUCCUACCAUGUCUCAGGCUAGAGCUCAGACUCGGAGUACUUUGCAAUGUGCCCCUGCACCGCAACUACGCGCACGGGCCCCAUUCUUUGGAACCUCCAGCGGGCCUGUACAGAACAUGACCGGCGCUCCUGGACCGUCCAGGCAGACACAGGGAGUUGGAACUGCUGCACCUCCCACAUCCAGAGCGAGAGCAAGAACGACUCAACAGCCGCAGGUAGCUCAGCGGCCCAUCAACCCCGGCUACAGCAACAAUACAACCCUUCCACAUCUGCCCGCCAAUUGGCUCCCCGAUACAUCGUUCUCGCCGCAGCAGCAGCUGUCGUUGGUCCCUGGGCCCCACCCCUGGCUACGCCAGCUGGCUGGGAUCCGUGAGCCUAUCGGCUUUCGCGCCGCAACAACGAUGCUGAACGGUCUGGUCCGUGAAUUCGCAUAUCUAAAAAACACCUAUUACACUCAUACCUCCAAUCAAUAUCAGGACGUGAGUGAGCGCUGCGGCUCGUUAGCCCACGAGCUACAAAUGACCAAGUUGCAGCUGGACAGCACCAAAGCGGGAUUGCUACGCACCAAUACUCGCCUGGAAAACGACCUCAAAGCACGCAACGAGCGUAUCCAUGAACUCGAGAACGAGGUUGCAAGGCUGAAUGGCAGGAUCCUGUCGUCAUCGGAGAAAGCACUCAAAGAAGCGGCCGAUAUGAAGGACCCGGAAGCGCGACUCCUCAUGCAGGCAGAGGAAAUCCAGCAGCUGGGUGAGACCUUGAGGGCCCGCGAGAAGACGAUUGCAACAUACGAAAAGAUCCUUACUGGUUCUGCGGGUAUUUUCAGCGAGGCAGUUGAGCAUAACCAGAACAAGAAUAAGGACGAGUCUUAGGUGGGUAUGGCGCUUGGUGUUGGUUGGGAAUUGGCGUCUUAUGUUGGUUGGUUUUGAUAUCUAGCCAGGCGUCUAUCAUGGUGUUUGAGUACAAUUGCUUUUGACAACCACUCUUCUUUCCGUUUAAGUUCGUCGAUUUAUUUCUUUUCAUCAUGCGUCAGAUUGAAUUUGUUAUUUCAUUUACCGUCAGCUUACCUGCAGGCGAACCGGUUUGGUCAAGUACCUCGCCCGUUGAGCGACGUAUUAUCCACAAGGCUUUUUAUCUAGUCAGAACCAGCUCCCCCGAUCUGAAUGUAUUUUACUAAAAACAAAAAAAAAAAAAAAAGAAUUGUUCGCU